AACUGUCAUUUACCUUCCUUUUGUCCGAUUAGCAAAACGCAACGAAAAACUAAUAUCCCAUCCAAAUUUAAACCGUGGCCGUUCGCUUGUUUUUAGUUUAUUACUUUAUGCCGAGAAACGCAGUACUUUUAUUUCGUUUGUUUUACGCGAAUUUCAUUUCUACAACUUACUGCAAUGUGCUAGUAAAACUGAACCGAAGAAAUUGAUUAAUUCUACGAGAGAUAAAGCUGCAGAAAAACCAACAAAUUGAAAACCUAUGCGUGAACGCGUGUGACGACAAAGUGGAGAAGUGCAACAGAUAUAUGAAUAGAUAUAGAAAUAGAUGAAUAGAUAAAUAGAAAUCCCAAGUUAACCAAGAUCACCAAAAUAUUUUCAUAAUUUUUAAGAAAUAUUUCAAGUGUGAUACAAAGUUCUGAAACUACUCCAAGCCAAGCAAGCCUACUUUCGAAAACGAAUCAUCAUCCAACUGCAGAAAGUGAAUCAAAUCGAAUUGAUUCGAUUAACAGCUGUGCUGUACACAUGCACCGGUGUGUGUGAGGGGGCGCGCGCGUGUGCGUGUACGACGUGAGUGAACCGUGUGUGUGUGCGGCGCGUAUGUGUUAGUGUUAGUGUGUGUCUCGGUGUUGGUGUUGGUGGCGAAAAUUGAAACGCCCGCUAAACAAAGUCAAGCGCUAGAUGGCGCUGUCGCUGCCGCCUGAGACCAGUGACGUUGUUGUUGUUGUCGGUGUGCCGCACAUUGUUGUAGUUGUUGUUGAUGCUCAUGCUGAUUUUGUAGCAGCAAACAAAACGCGGAAAGUCAAAUUAUAACCGCCCCCCGCAACACGAAAAACCACCUCGCCACCACCCAAUAAAUUACAAUUUAUCAGCCCAACAAAUCAACUAAAUCAACUCCCCCAACAAAUAAAAUACACAAAAAUUUAAUAAAGGAAGAAUAAGUAAUAGUCAAGAGUUUCGCAUUACCCAUCGUCGGUCGGUUCAAAUUGCGUCGCGGCGCGUCGCGAACGGUGCUAGUCCUCGGAUCGUAUCGUAUCGUAUCGUUACGGAUCGGAUCGGAUCGGAACGGAACAGAACCCUAUAGUACGGACGGUUACGGAUCAGAUCGGAUCAGUUGGCAGUCGGUGGCACCUGACAACGCAACGCUAACCGCUAUUAUGCAUCGGCGUCGUCGGUUGGCCAGUGCAACAAUCGCAUUCGAAUUGGCGGGCGAGCAGCAGCAGCUAAUGCAACAACUGACAGAACUUAAUUAAACAGGCUAAUCACUAAGGCUGUAGACAGUGUAUCCGUAGUCCGUAGUGGAUAAACCCAAGAAACCGCAAGGUAUAGAAUAACUUUUUUCGUGACCCCAAAUAAUCCAAGAAUCGUAAGCAAUCCUGGAUUAUUUGCUAAAGACUUUGCGCACGCUGAAAUCCAAUUCGAUUAUGGCCGAGAAUCAAAGUGCGGCCAGCGAAGAUUCCGGUCACCAACAGCAACAGCAACAUCAGCAGCAACAGCAACACCAGCAACAUCAGCAAACACUAGCCACCACAUCAGUCACGGCCGCAUCAACCACAUCGGUCCUAGCUAACCAAUCGCCCACUAACUCGCAGGCCUCAUCCCCUGAAAAUUCCCAGGAAGCACUGCCCUUGCUGCGACGCCAGCAAUCAGCCGCAGCAGCCACAGUAGCAGCCGCCGCCGCCGCAACAGUUGCAGCCACAAGUAGCAACACAUCGCAGCAGCAGCAGCAUCGCAACAGCAUCAGCAACAUGUUCGAUCGCACGGUGAAUGCCAAGUUCAAGCCGGCGUCCUCAAAUGCCGGACCAGGAAAUAAUCCGGGACGCCGGAACUCAAUGCUGACACCAUCCCGAGGAGUCAGUAUCGGUGGCGCUGGCGGAAAUAUCCGUAAGCUGACCAAGGUCAGCUCGCUGACCAGCAACCAUCACUUUGCUGUGUGCUAUCCACCCAGCAACAUCUAUCAGAACAGCAACAAUGCCGGCAGCAAUUCGGCUUUGCAGCGCACCACCAGCGAAAGUUUGCGCCUGAACUCGCUGAGUCGCGUGGCAGCUGCCGCGACACCCAACACGGUGUCCAGAGCCAGUAGUAACUCCAGCCUGGCCACAUCCACCUCCACAUCGCUGGCACCCAAGUCCAGCAGCAGCAGUGGUGCCAGCAACUCGACAUCGCAGCAGCAACAGCAGCAGCCAGUGAGCAGUAACAACAGCAGCGGCAGCAGCAACAACAGCUUCACCAAGGCCAGUUCGCCCAACAAUAAUGGAGCACGUUCGGUGGGCGGAGCAGCUGCAGCAGCUGCAACUGGCACAGGCACUGGCACUGCCACUGCAGCAGGCAGUCAUCACCAUCAGCCACAUCACCACCAUCAUCAUCAUCAUCACCACCAUCAGCAUCACAACCACCAGCAGCAGCAGCAACAGACUAGCCUCAGCCAAGGACACGCCUCGUUAACCGUCGCCGGUGGAUCAGCUGCAGCUGGUGGUGGUGUUGGUGGUAGUGGCAGCUCCUCGGGGACCGCCGCUGGUGGCACCAAUCGCAAACCAAAGACGACUUCCUCAUUCGAGAUCACCUCGGUGACGGUGGGCCAUCCAAAGCUGAAUGCUGCCGGCGAUACUGGGGACGAGUCGGCCGACGAUCUGGACGAAUCUCACACGGAUGACAAUAGUCGGAUAACGGACCUGGAGAACGAGACGCCCUCCAUGUCGGAAGACACGUUCUCCAAGGAGGAGGUGUACUAUGCCAACAAUGCCCUCAGCACCAAUGCGCCGGUGAUACCGACUAGCUCGCAAUACGGCCUCGUCGUGGUGGAUCCCAUCGCCCCAUCGUUGGGACAGACGAUCCAGAACGUUCAGGUCAACGUGUCGGAUAACAUUAUCAAUGUGGUGAGCGGUGCCGUCACACCGGGCGGCACAAAGAAGAAGGACGACAUUAAGGAGACGCAGCACCGCAGCGAGCGGUUCAAGGUGGUCAAAAUUGAGUCCACGGAGCCGUUUAAGCGCGGCCGCUGGAUGUGCAUGGAUUACCUGGAUCACUCGAGUGUGGGUAAUGGCGGUAAUAACAACGAAAAGACUGGCUCUUCUACUUCCGAGGCGCACGCAGCCACAACGGAUGGUGCAGCAGGUGUUGCCGUUGGGUCUGAGGCUCCGCCAACGGCCCACAAGACCACACAGAGUAUGAUUCUGCCACCCACCCAGAAGCUGAACGAGAACCAUUUGGAGGCCAACUCGACCGAUGCCAACUGGAACUAUGCCGAGCAACAGCAGCAGCAGCAGCAACAAACAAUAGUUGGCAAUGCCCUGACCAAGACAUUGCCCGUGGCUCUUCGCAACGUGAGUCGCAGUUCCUCGGUAACCCCAAGUCCUAAUGCCUCCGUCGAGUUCUUGUCUCCCAAUUUGCUCGCCCAGCAGCAACAGCUCUUCGACAGCGUCAAUGCCAAUGCUGCCAGUUCACCAAAUCCCGCCGGUGACCCCAACAACAUGGACUAUGCGCGAACGGCGGCGAUGCAGCUGCAUCAAACGUUGCAGCAGCUCAAGCAGCGCGAAGACGCCAUGGACGUGCCGCCAGGUGGUUAUGCCAACUACCAAAACGGUGGAGAUUCUGCUGGUGGGGCGGCCAGCAACAACAACAGCGCCGGAGCGGCAGCUGGAGAGUCACAGCUGAGCACCAGCUAUGUUGAGCAGCAGCAGCCAUUAUCCCCUGCGCCACUAACGCCCCAGGCCGCGCCCACAUUCGCGGCUGUUGCUGCCGGGCAGUCGCCCAACUUCCAAUUGGAGCCACAACAACAACAACAGCAGCAGCAGCAGCAAGCUACAUCGCAGAUAGAUGGAAUAGUCCCACAGCCAUUUAACCCACAACAGCAACAGCAGCAGCAACAGACCCCACAGCAAUCAACAGCUCAGCAAGCAGCAACAACUGCAACAUCUGCAGUGGCUGCACCACCACCACAACAGACUUCAAACACUUCCAAUGCAGCGGUAACCACUGGCCAGGGUCAGACAAUGCCGCUGUUAUCACACAUGACCAGCUACGAGCAGCAGCAGCCUAAUCUGGGAGCAGCAGCAGCAGCAGCAGCAACAGGAGGCACAGCGGCAACAUCGGUGGCUGCACCGCAAGCGAUUCCCACGCUGCAAUUGCAGAGUGCUCCCUCAACGAUUGCCGAUCCGCAGCAAUUGAUGGUGCCACAGCAACAGCAGCAGGAGGAGCAACAGCCAACACAGCAACAGCAGCAGCAGCAGCAACAACAACCGCUUCCGCCAGCAAAUAUCGCGAGUGCUAGUGCCAAUAAUAGUAAUCUAAACCUAACGAAUACGAAUGUUGUGGCCAACGCCGAGGCAACAACAAACGCGCUGACCUUGACCGAUGAACAGGCGACCGCGACCGCGUCAGUUGCAGCUGCAGUUGCGACCGGCGCAGCAGCAGCAACGCAGCAGCAAAUCCAACAGCUACAACAGCAACCAAAUGCAGAGUCCGAGACUGAAAGUGCAUCUGGAAUAGAAACUAAAUUCCCUUCCGUUGAAAUUGGCAAUACGAGUAUGUAUUUAAAUAUCUUUAAUGCCAAAUCUACAUACCAUUGACUUCUUUUGCCCCACUUGGCCCCAUGGUCAAAUGUUGUCAUCGUCCAAGAGCUGAGCUCAUAACUUUUGCUCAACGCACACACUGGAAACUAAUUUGCCUUUGUCCAAGCUGCCAAUUAGUCGGGCAGAAGUAAUCAAACUGUCUGGACAAAGUGGAAUACUUUAUGCAGAAUGGCUGAAGGAAUUCUUUCAUUACGAUCCCUUGUCUUUAAUAUUACAUUGCGCAUUUAAGGGAUAUUGCACGGUCCAAUAAAUUAUUGUUUCUAACAUUUAUCAAUAUUUAUAUAUAUGUAUAUAUAUAUUUAAAGCCUUUAAAGAUCUAAGAAAACGAUAAUUGUCUCAAAUAAGAAAUGGGUAAAUGUAGCCCAAUUGUCAAAAUAAAUAUUGAUUCAUAUCUAAGAGUGCGUAUACCUUGAAUAAUUCCCAAUUUCAUCUUCCAACGCUUGUUGCCAUGCGGAUUCCUUCUUCUUUUUCGCAGCUUUGGAUGAAUCUUUUCCGAGCUAUGUUGCUAUAAUUUAUAUUGAACAAUGUUUCACUCAGCAGACUUCUCUGGAUAUCAAGUGAUUGUGUGCUUGUGUGUAGGCAAUUGACAGAUUUACUGCAAUUGCCUUUGGUUUGCCGAAAGGCAACGACCCCAACCGAUCAUCGUUUUCAGGCCCAGGAACAGUGAGUCACCCUGCGCCAAGAGUUGGCGAUAAGGAGACACCUUUACCAUUGCCUCAAUCCGCGUCCCCCUGGAAACAUGAAACUAUAUGGGUAUAUCACUGAAUGUGUGGAUGUGAUAGGCGAUUACCUCAUGCGUUGCUUAAAUCGCGACCAAGGCAGGGCCACAUAUAUAUAUAUAUAUAUAUCUAUCAUUUGUUCACAUAUAUAUAUAUAUAUAUGUAUAUAGAAAUGGUAACUUGACGCGUGCCUGGCAUUGACCGACUUAGAAUAAUUGAGAAAGCCCCGAAACAGGAGCUGGGAAGUGGGGAGGUUGGGAGGUUGGGCCGCUUCUUGGAUUCCAAUGACCUCGAAAACUGAACUUCCGUAAUGGGUGGAACGAAACGCGACAGAGGCGCCAAGAAAUGCUUUGACAAUUACUCACUCUCCUUCGAUCGAAGUUGUUGAUUCACUUGAUUCUUUAUAACAAACCCAGCGAAAUCAACAAUAAUAAAGUAUGCAUAAAAAGUGACCAAUGAAGCAGGGGAUGAAGAAUCGAUAUGAGAAUUCAACAGUGUUCUUAAUGUCAUUAUUGUUUUGUUUUGCCAUUUUCUUCUUUCUUUUUUUUUUGGCUACUGGCACAGCUACAGUGAAAUCUAUGUCAAAGUCACAGCGAAAGAUAUACCUGUCGCGGUUUGUCAGAUUUUCGAACUGAACCUUCACAAAGAAAUUAGCAGAACCCUGCUCGAGUAUUUUGAUGAUCGGAUUUCCAAUGGCAAAUUGAAGCACAUUGGGCACAAUGAGGAAACCGUGAAAUAUUUAUUUGAAUUUUGAAGAAAGUUGGAUUUAUAGAAGAUAAACAGUGGUUUCAAAUUCAUUUUUCGAAUUAACAAGAAAUAUGAAAUGGUUUUCUUCCCAAGAACACAUUUUCAUAAUAUGGAAGUAUACCUAAAGUGAUAAAUCAUAUAUACAUAGUACCAAAAGAAUUCAUCCCAAUAAUUCCAGUUUUCCUUUGCAAAACAUUUUUGCGGAGAAGCGAAAAUAUUGAAAAUACUUGUAUUUAUUUUUCGCCACAAGGUCAAAAACACGCCCGUCUCACAUGUGCCAAAUUAUAUAUCUUUAUUUUGCUAAAUACUUUGCCUUGACUAAAUUUGCUGCCUGUUUCGCUUUUUUGGGGCCUGUCGUCUUUUGACGCAUUUGACCUACUAAGAGGGAACUUUCAGUGCCAUUACUUCAUGCUCAAGAACCUUUAGAUGCGUGUGUCACUUCCGCUGGGGAUUCUGCCUUAUCGGGUGGCCAAACCACCCACCAUUCCGGCCGUAUUCUUCCCCACUAUCAUGUGUUUAUCUAAAUUAUCUAGAAUUACCCGAACCGCAACUGAACCUCAUGCAACACCCACUUGUCAAGCCAACAGAUUGUACAAAUGUAUCUGCAUGUCAGACCAUAAAAGCCGAAUAGCAGAUGAGAUUAGAAAGAGUGUAUUGGACCGAAAAGGUUUAGAAAAUGCUAGUUAAAUAAAGCUUUUACCCUUUUCAAAUUUAACUUGAAUAUAUCUGUAUAAACUGUUUCAAGGCAUGCCUAAAAUAAUAUAAGAUACCUAGUGAUUAAGAUCUUAAAUGCUGCCCUUAGCAACAUUAAUGGCUAAAUACGAAACCAUUCUAAUCUUGAUAUAUUGAAACCUCUUAAUCAUCACUAACAGCCGUCGUUAUUUGUGCUUCAAUUACUAAUUAAUUUACUGGGAAAAUGGCAUGAGUUUAAAAAUGACUGCCUCAAGUGUUUGUUUAAGGAAAAUGUAAACAAAUUUGUCAACGCCGAUUAAAAAUUAUUCGGUUGCUGAUUAAACACAUUCACUGUACGAUGGACCCAAUAAUAGCUAUCCAGCUUACAGCGUUUGUCAUAAAUAUUUCCCAAUAAAUAAAACAAAACUUAAAACACCUUUUCGCGAUAAAAUCAUCAUGCACUUCCUCAUAAUGCAGUGCAGAUUGCAUGAGGCUAAGUAAACAUGAGCACAGUAUACAAACAUACAUGCAUUUCCAUUUUCCAUUUAUUUUCGUCUCGUUUACAUCUAAAAAAUACGCCAUAUUGGGGGCUUGUGGCCCCCGCUCAUCCUCCCCACCUCCCCCCUUGUGCUUACAUAAAAGCCACGCUUUACGCUAAAAUGAGCUUUGCCUUAUGCGCUGCGCACUUACCCGCUGCUGUCCGCGUGUGCGGGGAAAAUUGUGAUGUAAAAAGUAACGAAAUGUAGUAAAAACUGGAAAUAAUUCGUUUACAUCAGAGUGCGGAAAAUGGGAGGAAACCAAAAACACAGCUUGACCUUCGCUUGGGAAAUUCGAUGCUCCAGAAAAGUAGCAGGCGGGGGGAGAAGGGCGAGUGUUUGUGCGCUCAUCUAGGCGCCACACAAGUUUCCACUUGGUGGUGAAAUAGUUUAAUAAGAUUUAAUUUAAUAUCUAUAACUAUUAUAACAAUUGUUAAAUGGAAACAAUGUUUUAAACCGAAAUUAAGAAACGAUCCUAUCAUACAUUUUUGAACUUUAAAAACUUUGGAAAUUUAUUUUUAGAAAUAGUUUUCUUUUGGGAAACUAGCUUGAUAUUUAAAUUUAAAUAUUUAUUUCAAAAUAACCUCGCCUAUUUAUUUAGAAUUUUCCUUUAAAUGCGUUGUAGAAAUCCCGCAUUACAAUAUUAAAUAUUAACAAUUUAUUAAGCUUGAGAACCAUGCAAACUUAUAAAUUUUUAAAAAUACCUAUUAAAAAAAUAUAACUGCACAAGUAUUUGAAAAAUAUUACAGAAAUAAAAAGAGUAAUUUUCUUUUUUACUUCACACUGCAAUGGCUUUGCUUUACUUAGUAACUCAUAGUGAUUUUUAUCAUAUUUUAAUUACGUUUAGCAUGCCCCAGUAACAAGAAAAUAGUGGGUACUAAGAAAACAACAACAACCUCUCUCUCUCUGACGUCGCUACGUCUGUCUGGCGUCUCGCACACAGACGCAUUAAAUACGUGCACACAUUGAUGAGAGAGACUUUCUGCAUUGCUCCUUGGUUUCGCUGUCGUUGCUGUUGUAAUGGCAAGUGAUCGUUAACCGGUGCAUUACAACAAGCUCUCUCUCUCUCUCGAUGACUCCACGCUCCCUCGCUCUCGCACAACCCACACACUCUCGCACACUCAACGGUCAUGCGUUCGUAUCGCUUCGUUGUGUGUCUAAAAAUAGACGCAAAUAUUGAAGUUGAUUUUUAUACGGCCAUCGUCAGAUACCCCGCCCCCCUUUUGCACCCACCCCUUGGGUCGUUUGGUGGGUUCGUUGUUGCUAUCAAACAUCGCCUAUCAGUGUUUUUGUUGUUAUUGCCAAUAUGUUGUUGCUGCCUUCAUUAUAAUGCGUUGUUGUUGUUUAAAAAUAAACUCUGCUGCGCGUGGCAUUUUUCUUUUUUUCCUAUUUCAACUCUCUCACGCGCUUUUAGAGCGAGGAGAGAGGUGGGGAGAGAACGCAGUCGCAGUCUUCUCAUGCGUUGAUUAAACUCAAUGAAAUAAAUUAGAUUUAAUUCAUGUUUUCCCUCUCUCCAACAUGCCCGGUACAUUACACUGAGAAAAUCUGAAGUCUUGUAAGAAUCAAUUUUCCUUUCUUUCUUUAUUAAUGAAUUUUAACAAGGAUUUCUUCUUAUAUAUGGAGCUUAAACGUUUACAAGAAAGUGUAUUUUCUUCAUUAGCAAAUGGCCAUAUUUAAAAUCUUACAGAAUAUUCCCAUGCUGUAUUCAGCAAUAAAAUGAUUUUAAUUUUGGCUCCGUCUCUAUUUCUAUGAGACUUGUAGACAAGUUUUUAAAAAAUUUGCGCAGCAUUUUGCAAUAUUUGUUUUCUGUUUUUUUCGCGCCAAUAUUUUUAGCACCUCUUCAAUUUUUCUCUGUCGCUGGCAUUUUUUGUUUGUUUUCCCACUUAACGCCACGAGCUGUUUUUCUCAGAUAAAAUUCAAGGGGGUGGAGAAGGGGGGCGGCAUCUGGUGAGUGCAACAAUGUUGCCUCCUUUGAAGUGGCUCUUUAACCCACUGAUGCCCCAGAUGGCUAAAAGUGCAUAAUGGAACGAGUUAGCUAUCUGUAAAUCUGAUUCUCAAUAAAAUGGGAUAAUAUGAUAAUUUUGCCGUCAAAAUCCAAAUGUAUCUUAAUAUAUGUUAUGAGUAUCUUCUAUGCAAUUCGUAUCUUGAGAAGUAAUGGUUUAGACCAAAAUAAAAUUAAAAUCUAUCAAACUAAAUGAGCUAGAACGAAAAGUGGGCAGAAUAAACCAAAAUAGGUUUCACAUAAAUAAAUAACAUAAACAUUCAUUAGAAACCGUGAAGUACUUGCUCAUCUAUUUAUUACCACGUGUACCAAAAAUAAACCCCAAAUCGAAUUCCAUGUCCAUGCGAAACCGAAGAAUCGCCUAUUUGUUGCCAGGCAGGAAUGCUAACGAGGUGUGUGUGUGUGUGGUGAAGUGUGUGAUGUUCGUUCUCCCUAAUCACUAUCAAACAAAUUUGAAAAGAACAAAAAACCUGACGACUCACAACCUGCCCCACUGUGGUUGCGAUGCGAACUGCGAACUGCCAACUGCGAACUGAAAUGCUGAAAUGCUGAACAGGUGUUUAGGUGUUUCCAUGUGACGAGAGCUGAACUUUCAUCGCUCGAAAUUAAACGCCGGCAGAGGGAAUGCCUCAGAUUACGACGGCCCUCAGGGUUUUUUUUGCUUUUUUAUUCGUUUUGGUUUUCUUUGCCAUUUGUUGCCUCACAAGUGACACUUCUCCUACACUCCCCGCUUGUUUUAGGCAUUUUGGCUGAAAACUGAAACCUGGAAAGCGUAAAACGCCUUUUAUUGAUUUAUGGGCGCCGUUUGCGAGCGCUCGAGUCGCCCGAUUGAUUGACUGAUUGAUUGAUGAUUGGCUUUGACUUUGGAUAUUGACUCCUUGCAUAUUUGCAAGUCAAAUUUUGGAGAAAGAAAUUGCGAAUUAAAAGAGUGCACUGUGGCAAAAAGUCGAUUCCCCUCCUCCCCCUGCAAUCAGUUAAAAGAGACCGAAAAUACAGAACGAUAUAAUUGAUAGACGUCAGUGGUUGGCUGGCUGUUGUGAUCUCACAUGGGAUGGGUGGGCAAUCCGAGGGGCAAAAGUGUGGGUCGCAGAGCACAUGAUUUAAAUACUAAAGUCUAGAAUAACAAAGAACCAAGUAAAACAAAAA